UGCUGCUCCAUUCGUAUCGCUUUGGAGUCGUCAAUUUAUAUCCAAAAUUCAAGUUUCAAAACGUCGGAAACCUCAUUUUACCCCCAAGAAAUACAAAUAACUAACAAAAAAAACCGUUUUUGUUUCGAAAAAAAUCAACCAUAAAUUUUCAAUGAAGAAAUUUAUAAAACUUUCCUCUCAAUUUGAAUUCGAUUAAUAAAUUUUAUUCAUCUUUCUGUUCAAUAUUAAUUUUGGUACCUAUUUUGUUUGAGAUACAAAAUUUUUGCUUGAUAUUUUAUUUUUUCGCGUUUUGUUCGUUCGUUUUCGCUUCGUCAUCAGCAGCAGCAUCAAAUUCAGAUUCUGCUAAAGAGCUUAAGAGCUACAGCAUCAGCGGCAGCAGCAGCGUUAAGCGUAGCGUUUGCAAUCUCUGUGUCUAAAAAGUCUUGUCGGAGAUUUUAUUUUAUUUUUAUUGUGUUUUCGUUCGUUUUAAAUUUUCUGGUGUGUGAUUUUGUUGGUGUUUUUGCAUUUGAGAUACAAGAUACGACCACUCAGAGUACAGAGUGUUUCUUGUCGGCGGGGCGCGCGUUGACGGAAUAGUUUUUACUGGUUUUUUCCUGAUCCUUGCGGCAGCGUAUCCGUUCCGUAUACAAAAGUCGUGUUGUCCCUUCUUUGUUAUAAUAAUGAUGCCUUCUCUCUGAUCUGGUCUUCUCUGCUUUAUUCGCUCGCUAUCCAACUACCUUACCUACUGAAUGUGGUUUGACCUUUAACAUUUAUUUUCAUUUUUAUUACUGUCAUCGUUGUUUGUAAUUUUUGUUUUGUUUUCAAUUUCAACUUCAACUUUGAAUUUAAUUUAAACCAAGAUUUACAACACACUGACGACAACGACGACGACGCGAGUGAAAUAAAAUCAAAAAAUACAAAAAUAAAAAUAUAAAUUCAAGUUCCGUUUCCGCUUAACCACAAUAUCCUGUGUGCAAUGAAAUAAGGAAGACAAAUUAUAAAAUAUAUUUUAUUGAAUAAGAAAUUUAUAAAAAUAAAAGAAAAGUCUUCCAUAAAAGUAAAAAUUAAGUUGAGUGCUGUGUUUAAAAAAAAAACGUGUAUUCUAAAAUUAAAUAAAACAAAAACGGAUAACAACAGUUUUUUUUGAAAGUUGGAUAUUUUUGUCGGAGCUGAAAAUCUCAUUCAAAACCAACUUAAAUCUGCUCGUACCUAUAAAAAGUUCACGGCAUCAUAAUAGAAGCAGCAGCAAAAGUUAAAACACUUGGCGUAUGGGGGGCGGGAUAUCAACACCUCCAAAUUAUUCGAAUCAGCUAUUUAGUGGAUUUUUAAUGAUAAACCCCGGCUAAAAAUUUUGUAUUAAACCAGAAUGUAAUGUGUUUUUUUUUUUAAAGUUGAUUUAUUCAAAUUAAAUUUUUGUUAAUUUUUUAGUUUGCUUUAAUUUUUCUAAUGUGAAAGUUUAAAUGAAAAAGAAGUGAAAUUUGUGUUUAUAAUUUUUCAAAAAGAAAAUAAGAAAUAACUUUGUGUUUUUUGUGAGUGAAAAAAAAGAAAAAAGAAAUUUAAGCAAAAUAAAUUAUUUUAAUUCAAAACAGCAUAAGGGUGGAAGUCAUACUGUUAAUUUGUAAAAAGAUGUUGCGAUCGCCCACACAUCUUGUGGGACAUGGUCCAACAUCACAUUCAGCAAAUUCAUCCCCAAAUGGUGGUGGUUCGCAUCAUCAUAAUGGUGUUGGUGGAGUUGGUCUAGGAUCACCCUUGCAUCGCAAUAGCCAUCAUACGAAUGGUACCACAACUAAAACUACCCCAAGAACAACGAAUGGAUUCAAAAAUGGAUUUUUACUAAACGGUGGUGCUAUCGGCGGCGGCGGUGGUAAAUCGCAUAACAACAAUAAUAAUAAUACAAGCAACAACAACAACCACCACAUGACAUCUCCGGCUGCAUCGGCGAAUUCAUCUGCCUCGUCAUUGACAACAGGAGGUGGAGGCGCCACAGCUAGUAGUCAUCAUCACCCUCAUAAUCAUGGGGGUGGAACAGCUGGUGGCGGUGGAGCACAAACAACAACUCGAACGUCACUCUUUGACUCGUGUCAUCGGAAAAUACGUUUAAUUGGUGGCGGACCCGUGGCGUUCCUUGGCGGACUUGUUGCAAAGGCCCGUCGCAAAGAACGGGAUGGCGAUCAAAAUGCAUCAGAUACAAAAUUAUACCUAGAAGAGAGUGUUUUAGAGCGUAAACUACCUGAAGCUGAUCUCAAAGCCUUAGUUGAUCUUCCAGCUGGUUUAGAUUAUAAUGAAUGGCUAGCGUCACACACACUGGCACUUUUUGAACAUGUUAAUCUAGUUUAUGGAACAAUUAGUGAAUUUUGUACACCAUCCGGAUGUCCGGAUAUGACUGGGCCUGGCAAUAGAACGUACUUAUGGUUCGAUGAAAAGGGUAAAAAGACCCGUGUUGCUGCGCCUCAAUAUAUCGACUAUGUCAUGACAUUUACCCAAAAGACAGUCAGUGACGAGUUAAUAUUCCCAACCAAAUACGCCAACGAAUUCCCAAAUUCGUUCGAAUCGAUCGCCCGUAAAAUUCUACGCUUGCAAUUUCAUGUGAUAGCUCAUCUAUAUGCGGCGCAUUUCCGAGAAAUCGCCCUCCUAGGAUUACACACACAUUUAAAUUUAACCUUUGCCCAUUUGACGGCCCUGCACAGGCGCUUUAACCUAAUCGAUGAGAAGGAAACAGAUGUGCUGCGUGAUCUCGAAGUGGCGUUGCGCCUAACCGAUGACGGAAGCAAUUCCAGCGAAACAGCCUCCAUACAGACGGGUUCGUCUGCGGUGACGGGCGGCGGUGGAGCAAUGUCGUCUGCGGCGAAAGCAACAGCGUCAGUGCAUGCGGGUACAGCUGUCACAACGAUGACAGGCACUGUCACUGGUGCCAGUGAGGAUGUCAAUUUAUUGCAGUCGGGUCGUCUCAUUGAUGGUGAUGCGAUGGCGCAGCCCAUUUGCACGCAGCCCGAAGCUAAGAGAGGUCUGAACAGUGAGCAGUCAGAUAUUCGAGGCGGUGCUGGGGGCGGUGGUGGACUGAUGGGCGGGAUCCUGGGGGACUUCAAUACAAGUGAAUUCGGUGAUAUGCGAACGGGCGGUGGAACUAGUGGCUACUGCAUCGGCGGUAGCACAGCAAAAAGCAGCCAUAUUGGCUUUAAUAAUAAUCAUCACAACGGUAGCACACACAAUAUGUUGCAAUGCAAUAGCAGUAGUAAUAACAGUAGUAAUAAUUCUCCUACCCCUCAACAACACACUUCACAUACAACAACUGCAUAGUUUUUGCAACUUACCCUACUACCAUAACAAAUAUUAUGGCAACCACCAAAAGAUGGCGUUGUUUUGCACUCUCUUACUAUUAUUUCUGUUUUUAUUUCUAUAUUUUAAAAGAGAACAAUUUAAUUGUUAAAAUAUUUGUCGUAAAUGUAAACAAAAACACAUACACAAAAAUAAAAUACACAACCACACACCACAAUUUGAAAAUUAUCUAAAGUUUAUUUUUUCAAAAAAAAAAAACAAAAUAAAACAAAAGAAAUUAAAUUAACAAAAAAAAACUAUAAAUAAAAAUCGUUAAAACCACAUUUGUAUUUGCUGAAAAAAAAAACAAAAAGAUAAAAAGUGUUUGCGUUUUUAAUUUAACACUUUAAUUUUAAAGAAAGUAAAAACAAACAACAAAACCUAUUAAUUAAUAAAAGUUCAUCCAAGACUUUUAUUUGUAAAAUAAUGUAAUUUAUAUUUUUUGAUGAUAAAAAUAAAAAUAAA